CAUGUGGAGUCUGUCAUAUGCAUGCCACAGCCGGAGAGCUGACACGCCGGUAGACUUUUACUCCAUCCCUUCUUCUUUGAUUAAACCAAAAAUAAAAGUUAUUUCUUGGUUACAAGGAAGACAAUAGUACAAGAAAGUAGUCUCACUAAGAGAAAUGGCUCUGGGUGGUGAUGGUGGUAGAAGGAAUACAACAGCAUUGAUCGUCCGUGUCAUUCUGGGUUUGUCUGCAAGCUCUCUUCUGUUUCUCCGCAGCCAAUCAUCCCUGCACCAAUCGAAAGUCAUCGUCCCCAUUGGUUCACUUGGCUUCUUUGGCUGUUUUUCCCCUUCAAGGCAAUGUUUAUCCUCUUGGGUACUACUACUGUGUCCCUCAACAUAGGGCGCCCAGCCAAGAUUUUUGAACUUGAUAUUGACUCUGGCAGUGACCUCACUUGGGUCCAGUGUGAUGCUCCUUGUACGGGUUGCACCGAGCCUCGCGAGCAUCUUUAUAGACCCAACAAUAAUCUUCUGCAGUGCGAAGACCUUCUUUGCACCGCAUUCCACUCACCAGCAAGCCACCCAUGUGAGACUGCAGAUGACUAAUGUGACUAUGGUCAAUAUGCUGAUCGUGGAUCAUCUCUUGGUGUGCUGGUCAAGGAUUACUUUCCCCUGAAAUUCACCAAUGGCUCUCUCCUCAGUCCCCAUUUGGCCUUUGGGUGUGGAUAUGAUCAAAAGUAUUUUGGUCCGGUCACACCUGCCACCGCCGGAGUCAUUGGCCUUGGUAAUGGAAAAGUCAGUAUUCUGUCACAACUAAGUCGCCUAGGUCUAACAAGAAAUGUUGUCGGCCAUUGUCUAAGUGGGCAAGGUGGAGGAUUUGUUUUCUUUGGGGAUGAUCUUGUCCCUUCAUUAGGAGUCGUAUGGACAUCAAUGCCUCCCAAUUCCAUGGGGAAACGCUACUCAUGUGGACCAGCAGAACUUGUGUUUGAUGGAAAGGCUACCAGUGUAAAGGGACUUAACAUGAUUUUUGACAGUGGGAGCUCCUACACUUACUUCAAUUCCCAAGCUUAUCAGGCAAUAGUUACUCUGGUGAGAAAUGAUUUAAAAGGAAAGCCUCUAAAGGAUGCAACUGAGGAUCAAUCCCUCCCAAUCUGCUGGAAAGGCAGAAAACCAUUCAAAUUUGUUCGUGACGCAAAGAACUAUUUUAAGCCCUUAGCACUGAGCUUUACUAAUGCCAAGAAUGUUCAGCCGCAAUUAUCACCUGAAACUUAUCUUAUAGUUACAAAACAUGGCAAUGUGUGCUUGGGGAUUCUGAAUGGCACUGAAGUAGGACUAGGAAAUCUGAAUAUCAUUGGAGAUAUCACUUUGCGAGAUAAAAUGUUGAUAUAUGACAAUGAGAACCGGCAAAUUGGAUGGGCUCCUGUAAAUUGCAAUAUGCUUCCCAAGUCCCGAACCGUUGCCAUAAUUGCAAGAUAAAAUGUCACUUAAGAGAAAAUAGUACUUUUUGUCUAUUGCAGAACUUACAAGGUGGCAAAUGAAACACUACUCAUCUGGACCAGCAGAACUUGGCUUUGGUAGCAAGCCUACAAGUGUCAAGGGCCUUCACAUGGUGGUAUUUGAUAGUGGGAUCUCCUACACUUCAAUUCCCAAGCUUACCAGGUGGUAAAUGAUUUGAAUGGAAAGCCUCUAAAGGAUGCAACUGAGGAUCAAUCCCUCCCAAUCUGUUGGAAAGGCAGCAAACCAUUCAAAUUUGUUUGCGAUGCAAAGAACUACUUCAAGACCUUGCACUGAGCUUUACAAACAUCAGGAAUGGCCAGCUGCAAUGCGUGCUUGGAUAUUUUCAAUGGCAUGGAAGUAGGACUGGCAAAUCUGAAUACUAUAGGAGGUAAAAAUACUAACAUAAGAAAAAUCUUCCCACUCUUUAUUUUUUGUGUGGAUAAAGUCUCAUCUUUGACUUUCUUUUUAUGGACAUUACACGAUGUUGGCAUAUGACAACGAGAACCGGCAAACUGGAUGAGCUCCUGCGAAUGCAGUAAGGUUCCCAGUCCUGAACCAUUGUGUCAUAUUUGGAAAGAUAAAAUGUUACCUCAGCAGGAAAAAUGUUACAAGGUGGCAAAUGCGAGCAUCUCCCAA